CACACACCUCGUUGCCCAAAACCCAACACUUCUUCCCGCACUCACACGGACGUCCUUCCUUGACAUCAUGCUGGCAGUGCAGCUCAAGCAGACGAGCUCGAUUGACGUCAUCAAGCCCAUGCGGGCGUACCUGAGCAACGAAUACUCGGAGGACGAGGCCAAGAAAUUCGACCCGGCCCUCGAGUCGUUUGCACAGAUGCGAAAAGACGUCGAGUUGGUGCGCACGCCGUCGUCGAUCUCGCGUCAAGUCCUGCUUCGGUACAUCGCGCAACUGGACCUCAUCAACACGCGAUUCCCUGUGAGCGAUACCAAGGUGAAGCUGCCAUUCACGUGGUUCGACUCGUUUUGUCCGCGCCAAAAGUUGACGCAAUAUUCGGUCCAGUUCGAGCAAGCGGCCGCGUUGUUUCUUGUGGGGGCCCUCGACUCCCAAAGCGCCGUCGCGUGCGAUCGAUCCACCCCCGAGGGGAUCAAGGCGGCGUGCAACUACUUCAGUCAGUCCGCCGGGGCAUUUGCGGCAAUCCAAUCCCUCGGCCUCACGGCGACGACCACCGUCGACAUGUGUCCGGAAGGCCUCGGCAUGCUGGUGAACCUCAUGCUCGCACAGGCCCAAGCGUGCUUCUACGAGAAAGCCAUCAAGGACAAGAUGAAGGAUGGCAUCAAGUCCAAGCUCGCGACGCAAGCAGUCGCGUUUUACUCGUCCGCGCUCGACUUUUGCAACUCGGCGGCCAUGAAGGCGGCCGUGGACCGCUUGUGGAGCAUCCACAUCCAGUUCCAAGUGCUGUGCAUGAAGGCGGCAGCGCAAUUCUGGCAAGGAAAGGCGUCCAAGGAGGUCGCGGUGGCCAAGGGAGCCGGCUACGGCGAAGAAAUUUCGCGCCUCGCGACCGCCGACGCCCUCUGCGGCCAAGCGAUCGCCCUCGCCACGCAAAGCAAGUUGCCGCCGUCGCUGCCGGCGUCCGUGCGCGCGUUGCAGGCCAUCAUCGUGGAGACCCUGAACAAGGCCCGCAAGGACAACGACACGAUCUACAUGGAGACGAUCCCAGCGUUGGCGGCGCUGCCGACGCUCACGGCGGCGUCCAUGGUCAAGCCCAUCGUGCCCGAGAAGGAGCGAGCGGUCGACUUGUUUGAGGGGCUCGUGCCCACGUGGCUGCGGCAAAAGUGCGCCGACAACGACGCCAUCUACCAAAGCCUCGUCACGGCGUCGGCGUCACAGGUGUCGGCGUACAACGAAGCUGCGCGGGUGCAUUUGGCCUCGCUGGGACUGCCUGCGUCGGUGGAGGCGUUCGAAAAGGGCGCGGGGGUGCCGGCGGCGCUGUGGCGACGCAUCGAGGCGUGCCAGGCGCAGGGGCUGACGGCACCGAUCAGUCGCAUUCUGGACGAGAACAAGCGCAGCAAGGCGCACGUGGAGGAGCGUCUGCGCAACGUGGAAAACUACCUCCGUGAUGAAGCGGCCGAGGACGCCGACGCCAAACGGACGUACGGCAGCCAGUGGGCGAUGCGGCCGGCGUCGAGUGCGUUGAGCGACGGGUUUGUGGCAGACGUGGAUCGGUACCACAAGCUGCUGCGGGACGCCACGCAGAGCGACCUGGCGAUCCAGAGCUCGCUGACGUCGCCGGCGCUGGCGGUGCUGGGGCAGACUCACGACGAGCUGCAGCGGCGCAUUCCAGAACGAGACCCGGCGGCCGCCACGGUCGACACGUCGCUCCUCAACAGCCUCAUGGUGGCGCUGGGCGUGCUGAUUCAAAAGCGGGAUGAGCUGCAGAAGGACCUGGCCGGUCGUGCGGCGGUGGCACCCCACGCGCUCGUGCUGGCGGCGACGGGGGACGAUUCGGUGUUUGCAGCCAAGCAGACCGAGCUGGAGCAGCUCAAGGCGCAGAUUGAAGGCACGUUUGCGGAACAAGGCGACUUGAUCACGGAUAUUUCCGAGCGCAAUGCCAUGUUCAAGCAGGCGCGGCAGGCCGACCCGAUCACGCGGCAGCGAGAGGACGCGCUCAUGGAGUUGCAAAAGGCGGUGGAUUUGUACGAGCAGUUGCUGGGCAACGCGACCGAAGGCGGCGUGUUUUACAGCGAACUGACGCAGAAAGUGGCGCAGCUGGAGCAGACUGUGAUGGACCACUGCCACGCCAGACACUGCGAAAAGGUGGAGCUCGAAAUGAACCUCCAGAGCGCCCAGGACAGCGAGCUGGCGCAACGCCUGCACGAUACGGCGCUGCACGACCAGCUCCAAACCACCCAUUCCGUCACCGACCAAGUGGCCGCCGACGCCGCGUUUGCCGCGUCGCUCGCAGGACAGAGCAGUCCCGGCAACCACCCCGCCGGGCGGGGGUUCCCACCGGCGGUGAAUGCCCCGAACCCGCCGCCUGCGUACGGAGGCGCCCCCCCCGCCGCGGCCCCUGCGUACGCGCCGUCGAAUCACCACCCAAGCAACCCCUACGCGACAAACUACAACCAAACCCACAACGCCCCGCCUCAGUACAACCAAGCCCCCCCCCACUACAACAACCAACCCCCUCCACAGCCAUACCCCCACUACAAUAACCAAGCCCCCCCCCCGCAAUACGCUCAAGGGCCCCCCCCGCAGUACCCUCAAGGGGGCCCCCCGCAAUACCCCCAAGGGGGCCCCCCGCAAUACCCCCAAGGGGGCCACCCCCAGUACUCCCAAGGAGGCUACCAUCAACAGCAAGGGUACUACAACCAACCUAGCUACGCCCAGCCAGCGUACGGCACCCAUCCGUCUCCCCCGCCUCCACCUCCACACCAGCAGCACCAGUACAACUCGAGUCCGUACGGGUAUCAGCCGCCCCACGUAUAAGCACGCUCGUAUCUGAACGAGAUAUUUUCAUUUGAAGUGGAUAUCCCCUGCAUUUGGUAUUUCUUUCAAUCGUAGUUAGUCGCCAAAACAUGAUUCAAUCGUAGUAGCCAUAACGUGAUGUCAAUAGACUGACCAUAGAUAAUAUAUAUAUAUAUAGCCAACUAACUUGAUGGGGAACAAUAUUAAAAAUGUAA